CUAAGCUAUAUCGCAGCAAUCCGAGUCUGUCAGGCCGACUAUCUACGUCCAUCUUGCCCCAAAUUUCGAGUCUCAUCUGGGCUGAGGGUACGCGUUCUGGCACAGCUUGUGCCGCAGUCGUGAAUAGCAUCGCGCCGCGGCCUCGUGCCCGCAGGCAGCACCCACGCAUCGUAUUAGUGCCAUCCCAACCCUCUCCACCUAUAAAUACAGCUGCCGUCGACAUCAGCGGCCAUCUUCUUCGGUUUCAGCAUGGUCGUGGAGAACCCUAGCUCCCCAAAUGCCAUCCCUCCGCGAACCAGCUCGCACGGCAUGACCAGCAGCAUCUCGAGCAUCUCUGGUGUAGCGCGCCUGCCCUCCAAAUCUGUCCUCCGCCCACUUUCCGAAAUAGACUGGAUAGCCCAGGGCAAGAAGCAUACGUCGCCCGUCUCGCACACACAUCCAUACCCAGUUCCCAUGACGCCGCCGCCGCCGGAUCCGCUUCGCGGCAUUGGGCAUGAACUCAUACACCAGAAGCACGCACCGUGGGACGAGGAUAAGGAGAAGAUACUGUUAGGGCCGUAUGAAUACCUCUACGGCCACCCAGGCAAGGACAUGCGGGCGCAGCUCGUGGGCGCCUUUAACAUGUGGCUCAAGGUGCCAGCGGAAAGCCUGGAGGUGAUCACAAAAGUGGUGGGAAUGCUGCACACAGCUUCCUUGCUUGUCGACGACGUAGAAGACUCGUCCCUCCUUCGACGCGGCGUCCCGGUGGCCAACCGGAUCUUCGGUACUGCCCAGGUUAUCAACAGCGCAAACUAUGUCUACUUUCUCGCCCUACGCGAACUAUCGAAACUCUCGAAUCCCGCCAUGAUCGACAUUUUCACCGAGGAGCUGCUGAACCUGCACCGUGGGCAAGGCAUGGACCUGUACUGGCGCGACUCGCUGACUUGUCCUUCCGAGGCCGAUUACUUGGAGAUGGUGGGGAACAAAACAGGGGGGCUGUUCAGGCUAGCAAUAAAGCUCAUGCAGGCGGAUAGCAAGAUUGACAUUGACUGCGUACCCCUUGUCAACGCCAUCGGCCUCCUCUUUCAAAUCCUCGACGACCAUCUCAACCUCUCCGCCUAUUCUUCCGCCAAAGGGCUCUGCGAAGACUUGACCGAGGGCAAAUUCUCCUUCCUCAUCAUCCACGCUAUCCGUGCCGAUCCCACCAACCUCGUCCUCAUCAACAUCCUAAAACAGAAAACAACAGACGAGGAAGUUAAGAAGUACGCCGUGAGCUACAUGGAGCGCACGGGAAGCUUCCAGUACAGCAAAAGGUGUGUAGAGGAAUUGAACGCCAAGGCGAGACACAUGGUGCAAGAUCUAGAGCGAAGUUUAGGCGAGGACGGAAAAGAAGGCGCAGAGGCCAUGAGGGGCUUUUUGGCCAGGCUGGUCGUCAAAUGAGCGUUGGUUUUAUUUGAUGUGUAAAUGUUGUUGCCUGGAGAUAUACGGUGGGUCUAAUUAAUAUAGGGGUGGGGAGAGUAUCUGGCAUGUUCUUGGAGUGGCAUGUAUGAAUGAUCGGCUAUUUUGUAACCAUUUUGAGCUGGCUACGGUCGAUGUCUCCAUAGUUUCCCGCUUUCACGAUACCUGAAUAAUACCUGCCCUAGGCAGCUCUAAUAUGGCAUCGGAAGAGCUGAAGUACUGGAAGUGAGCUCAAACCUGUAACUAGGCCUCUAUUUCAUAUAGAAUAGAGUAUAAAAUAACAUAGAUAUUGAGC